UGAGGUGAGCCCCGGAGCGCUUGGGCGAGCGGCUCGGCAGACGCGCAGCGUUCCUGCUUGUGCAAGGAAUGGGGUUCGCCCUCAAUUUCAAACCACAUUUUUUGGAGCCAGCUUUUUUUUUUCUUUUUUGUCUUUGUUGUUGUUGCUGCUGGCAGCCCGUCUGUGAGAAAAUGCUCUGGAGCGUCAGGAGUUAACUGCGAAGGCGAGAACAAGACCAGCCAGGUAUAAUGACAGCAGCGGGCGGCAGUGUGGAUGUCAGUUGCCUGAGCAAGGACGAGGUGCGCCAGAUCCUGGGAGUGCUGGAGAGAGACGAGCGCCUGAAGGAGACCGACAAGCAGAGGAUCAGCCAACUCGAGCACACGAGGAGAGAUCUGAGGUGGCUGAGAGGUGUGACUGGACAGUGGUUUGAGGAAAUUAAGAAAGCUAAGUACAAGAAUGAGUCCAACGUGAACAACCUGCUGCAGCAAUCUCUCCGGGUUAAGGACAGGAAGAAGCUAAGAGCAGAGCUUAAAGUGGGGAAGACGAGAGCUGUGGGAGACUGCAGCGAUGACAUGACUGCAGGCGCCGUCUUGAAUGGCAGCCCCUACCGAAAUCGAUUAGCCUCUUUCUUCACCUUAAGGAAAAGGCACAGCACGUACCAGGACGCAGUAAGGAAGCGACUGGGAGAGGAAGCAGAGCCGGACCGGGCGGACACCGGAGCCUCGCACGAUGAGCAGGACAAACAGGCCGCGGAAGGAGACUCUCCCCACCAGACCAGCCGCCCGGACAGACAGCUGGAAGAGGAGGUCUUCACUGUCUUAGGUGACCUCGACAGCAGACUCACUGAACCGGAUCAGGAAAUUCUUGGGAACCCGGGUCCCAACUGGGCUGAAUUAGAACAGAAGGAAGAGCUCAAGCAAGAGGAAGCAGCUGGAUUGGCGCUGCAGGACAGAGACGAGUCGACAGCGUGGCUGUUGCAGGAGGAGCAGAGCCAGCAGUCGACCAAGGAAACCGGUCAUCCGCGCCUGACAGUAACAGCACAACAUGGCACGGCGAAGGGACCAAGAGGCACAGCUGUCACUGACACUGAAGGGAAGGACAGAGUGACACAGGGUCCAGCAGCAGACCUGCAGACGCCGGUGGCUGAGGAACGCCAGGCCGAUUCCGCAGGGAGCAGUGAACAGUGGCCUGUGAUCGACUUGUCUGCGCUGAGGAGGUGCCAGUCACUGACUUCUCUGAGUUCGCAACGUCAAGAAAACGAGAACUUCGAUUCGAUGUCUGGAUUUAUCCCGUUAACCUGUCCAAUCUCCUCCGUUAUGGCUUCGGAUACCAUGAGACUGUUGGCAGGAGACGUGACUCGGCAGAAAAGAGACUUUGCGGAUUCAUACAAACUAGAAUGCAGGGUGGGAGCAAUGGAAAGAGACGCUUUCAAAUGGAAUCGCGCUGUCAGCGUGGACUGCGCUGCCCCACUUACUCGCAGGCAUGCUAUUUCUCAACCUCUUUUCACCCUGAAGAGACAAACGAAAACUGAAAGAGAUGUAUUUUGUGAAACCAACAACCGCCAAGGGAGAAACCUCUCUCCCCACUCUCCAGUUCUUGUAGUGUCCACUGGGAGCAGACAUAGAGAAGGAGCCUGUUGGCUUGUGGGUAGUGACCCUCUGAGCAGUAAAACAGUCGAGAGCCCCGUUUUUGACUCCUUCUCAACUGUCAGGAAAAUGGGAUGUUUUCGAAAUGCAGGAGACAGUAAGGUCAGUUCACCACAAGGAAAGCAUCAGUCUGAGCGUCCUACACAAGACACUCUCAGCCACGGGGGGUUUUCACAGACCAGUCUCUGUAAAGCACACCGCCCCGUGUAUCAGGGGCAGCAGGUCACCGGCCCAGGGUUUCCUCUGAGGAGAUAUAAUUCUGGACUUCUCAGGAGGACCAGCAGUGUUCCUUUUGAUCCCAGCGAGCACUCUCUGCACUCUCCCCCCUGUACCACUCCCUUCACGAGCACUCCCAAAAACAGCCCUGGGGAGCAAGGCAGAGCAACCCAAGAUUCCUACAAGGCACUGACCCUCAGCGCCGAUGGGAAACCACCGCCUUCUCCCCUGAGAUACAGCAGGGCCGGCCUGGGUGAGGACUACGGAGAGAAUGUAGGAUGUAGGAGGCAGUUCUCAAGAGCAGAGUCUCUGCUGUGUCUGUCAGGUGCUGGCUUGAGCCCCCCGCCGCUCGGUCGUGCCUCUGCGGACAGUGGGGCCCAGUGGGGCCCAGCGCAUCACGCGCAAGAUGACGUGGGCUCUCAAGGCCUCGCUCGCCAGCCGUCCCCGGUCGAACGGGACACGCAGCGGGAUUCUAUCCAGGAGAAAUCUACCCGAAAUCCCGUCAACAGUUUUCCCAGCAGAGACAGGAACGCGAGUGAUGGCGAAACCAGCUCAGCGCCACAGCCAAGCCCCGCAGACACUUAUUCUCUUCCUUCCCAAAGAAACAAGUACAAAAGCUCCCCAGGUCCAGGUCUAUCCAGCAGCCCUGCCUCACCGUCCAGAUCCCCCCAGAGUGAAGACGGAUCAAAGGCUUGUUUAUCCCCACAGCAUCACAGCCCCAGCUGUGGGUCCUUGUCCCCACCAAGGCGUUCGUCUGACCAGGAGAUGCAGUGCGACAGCCGCUCUUCCCCUGCCACCCCAGGGGGUGACAGCAGGGCCUUUCCUUACUGGAGGAGUGUUUCUCGGUGGCGUCCCGGCUCACACUUUGUCUUUGAUCUUUACGAAGGAACAACUGACGGCGGCUCGCCCAGAGGUGAGCUUCAGGGCCGCUGCCGAGAUGUGGUUCCUGACCUUUCACCACAAUCCCUCCUUCCUGUGCCCACCAGCAGGUACGGGAGCAGACUGAGCAGUUCCUCCACAAGCAGCUCGGCUCGGGCCUCGCCCAGCAGCACCUCCGAGCAGCUGUCACCUCUUCCUGCCCAUCACAGGAGGGCAAAGUCAUAUGACUUGUACAGGGAUGGCAGCGCCUCGCCGGAAACGGAAGAUGACAGCCCACACGGCGAUGCCCGCUGGCCCCUCGCAGAUAUGAGAUCUGCGUCUGAGAGGAUACACCGCAUAGCGAUGCAGUAUAAUUUGUCUCCCCCACCCCAGGCCGCAAAACAAAAUGACAAGGAGAGUCGUGUCAAAAGGGAUGGGUCUGGCACAAGGUGGGCCACUCUGCCCAAAGAAUCUGCUCCAUUCAAGUCAGAUUUGCCGGGCCUGAUUUCAGACAGUCCACCUGGGAAAACAACAGGUGUGGAGCGGUGCUCCCCCAGUUACAGAAAAUAUGCCUCGCUGCCCCUGACGACUGAAAGCAUUCAAGUUCCUCCCAGACCUCCCACACAUAACACACUUACUGGAAAUGACAGUUACAUCCAUGCUCAUGUGGACAGCAGAGUCCUCGUGCCUGAGGGAAAUGGGGAAGCCAAUCCAAUUAAAAACACAAAUGGACAGAAUGAUGCAGGAGCUCCUCCCCUGAUGAAGCCAUGCGGUCUGACAGAUGAAGGGCGUACUGUAGCUAAGCCCCUCUGGUCUGAUCCCGCAGCUUCAGUAAGGACUCCGGAAAGCAGUCCAUUGGAACAGCCUCUCAAGAAGCGCGUCCUGAACGGAAGCCUCUCGCCGACAGGGAGCAGACAAGACCAGAGAGGUCCACCCGAUGUGGGAGGGGAGCCGUCUUCCACUGUCGGAGCAAACGGCACUGCCCCGUUAGUCAAAGACAGAAAAGUUGAACAGGUCCUAAAUCGCACAAAGAUGACCUUCAGUGCCAGGUGGCGUGAGGAGGAGGUACUUAGAUCAAGGAAAAAGAGCAAGAAGAUGGUGGAGGUCUCGUCGACAAGACCUGAAAGCCCCAGAGAAGUGGACCGGCAUGAAGAGAUAAUCAGGGUGUAUUUAAAGCCUUUGAACAAUAAUAACAAGCUGGUAAAUGAUAAUUACCACCUCCAGUAUUCAAGCGUCCAGCAGACACAUGGACUAAGAAAGGGCAGCGUACCCAAGGACAUGCAGGCCAGUAGUUAUGAAAACCUGAGCAGUCCAGAAAGCAUAAAAGAUAUGAAGGUGAACAGAAACCACUGGCCUUCCAAGGAUUAUGGACCAGUCAAAAAUCAAUGCUUUUCUCCUACGGGUUACGGCACAAUCCCCGGGAGGAGGUCAUCUGCCAGCCCGAGGCUCAGCUGUGACAGAACUGACUUUCUCCUGGAAGAUGUGGAAAACGCGAACGUGGUAUUCCACAGCAGGUCUGCUCGGAAAGACAGCACCUCCCCACACGGAGGCGACUCGCAUCGUGAUGCGGGGGAACAUCCUGCAAACUCAAAAGGUCUGAAAAACCCACGCAGCCCCACCGAGCAUCUCUCAGCAGCAGAAGCACGGCCGAGGCAGGGCCGGUCCUACUCGGUGAGCAGCGUCCACGUCAGCCGGCCGUCUGGGUACGACCAGAUAUCCACAGCCGCAAAACUCACAAGCGAGAAAAGUCUGCAUGCUUUCUCCCGAGCACGGUCCUAUGCCUUCUCCUAUGACCCGGACAAAAACUCGGAGUGUGACAAGACGGGCAGGACUCUUCUUCGCACGAGAAGAGGGUACAAAGUCAAGCCCCCAGAGAUUCCCAUAUACAGCGCAGAGCAGCAGGCUCAGUACCUGGGCCAGAUUAAGAAAUCCCUGACCGUGGGACGGAUCUGGAAGCCGGGCUGCUUUGAGAACCCUACAUCACUGAAGGAUGAAGUCUCUCCCUCCUCCUCCUCCUCCUCCCCAAGAUCAAGGCUGUGGAGCUCUUCCUCCGCCAGCAGCUUCACGUCCCAGGACAGCCCGUCUCCCCAGGGCCUGAUGCCCUGGAGGGGGAGCUACAGGAGCACCCCCUCUGCCUUCGAGGGGUCUGACUCUGACACCACCACCGACGAUGAAUACUACCUGGACGCGGACGAGCGGGACAGAGAAUCAGAACUCUGAAGCCCCGGACCACAUGGGGAUUCUAGUUUUUUACAGACUUUCCCUUCUGUAAAGAGAGGGGUAAAAUUGGCUUGUGGUUGUAGUAAUUGUUCCAGCUUGUUUCUCUUUAUGUUUACUCACUCUUUGAUUUCUUAUUUUCUGCCAUUCAAACCACACUCCAGCUUUAGGCUGUUUUUUUUUUUUCCAGUGUGAUGUUAUCGCCCAGAAAAUCUCAUUAUGACGUCCCAGUGUUCGUUUUUAAGGGUGACAGCAGGUAUUGUUUCAGUUACAGCUUGUAUCUUUUAGCAUCACUGCUGCCAAUAUUCUGUCUGGCUACGACAAAGAGAGCCAAAGAUAAUUCCGUGCUAAGUCUUAGAGUAAAGGUUGCUGUAAAUGCUUGUUCGAAGCUUGAAGUACACUUAGAAAAUUGCACAAUAUAAAAAAUACUUACUGCCAAAGAGUUUAGAGCACUUGACCAUAUUUCCAAAUUCUACAGCAGAUUUCUCCAUUGAAUUCCCUCAGUUGUAAGAGUAGAAACCAGUUUCACAGUUUAAUCUAAUUGUUUGCGUGAUUACUUUGAAAACAAAUAUUUUUGACUAAUUCAUGUUCUUAUUCACCAAACAUAGUAAACCACCAGUGCGUUAAGAUACGUAGCUGCUGUAUAAUUAGACAUUUCAAUCAAGGUGAACCAUUUUUAUAGUCAGACAGUUGUUUUCUUCUUGUACGAUGCACAACAAUUUAGAAAACGCCUUUGAAAAUGAAUCGUGCAUCUUCUCAGAAUAGCACUUCUACAUGUGGAUCUCAACAAAACAAAGGCACUUUAGUGGACGUUCGAAUUAUAUAUUAUAUAUAUUUGUAUUUGACAGGCUUCUGUUAUGGCAGACUGCACCAGCUGUAUUUACCAGCAAAUUAAAAAUGAUGAUGUGUUUUUAGUUUAACCAUCAUGAAACUCCUUUGGUAUUUGUUCUAAAAUGCCUUGCGCUUGUAUGGUACGUCUCAUCCCAAAGGAUCCCAGAGCACUUCACAUGCAGCCCUUCAACUACCCCUGAAGUGCUGAAGCCCCCUAUGAGAGAACAGUACAGCCGUCUCUGUGCCAUUUAGGGAGGCCAGACUGUACAAGCCCAGAGUGGGAUCUAUCCAGGACGCCAGGGUUAACACCCUGCGGAUACAAACAGUGCCUUGGGAACUUAAAUGACCAGAAGCGGUCCGGACAUCUGUUUUAACAUGCUGUCAUUCAAAGGAGAAAACACCAUACAGUAGUGACUCCUGUCGUCACCCUGGCUUGGAGGUGAGGGGGAAGAGCACCACCUACUGGUCCACCAACACCCCUUAUAGCAGCAGCCUGCUCUUCCUUAUAGCAGGGCGGGCGGUUAUGGCCCUGGGGGCUCCUGUGUCUGCACAUUUCCUGGGCCUUUUCAAAGCCGAAGCACAUUAAGGACAAGGGGAAGUCGUUAAAUUGGUGCAGCUGGGGCAGUCCAGACAGCCUUGGUGAGCUCAGGGUACAGGCUGCUGCUGCUGCUCCCCAGUCUAAAUCACAGAGCUUGUGUUUCAUUUUACAUGCUCUGGUGAACAACAACCAGAAGGCACAUGAAAUGUGGGGGAGGGGGCAGGGGGGGUGAAAAAGCUUGUUACUAUUCCUGCUUCUGGUACUAGGGUGGAUUUUUCAAAUUGUGUGCAUACAUAGUUAUUUUGAAAAAAACUUUAAGGGUAUACAUUUCUUUAAAAAUAUUUUAAAUGAAACGGUUCACAGCUGAAUCUUUAUAUCACACUUUUGGUCUGUACAACUAAAAUAUCUGAAUCUCAUUUGAAAUUGUGAACAUUUACAAAAUGUACAGAAUUGCAUAUAUAUAUUUAAGAUGACAGCUAGCGGGUUAUCAUAUUGAAUGUGUCCAUUAUGUUGUACAUGUAUAUUUUUAAUAAUGUCUUAUUUAAAUGUUUUGUGGACAACUGAAUGUAUUUGUUUUUUUUUACUGUUUUAAGUAAGAAUGUAAAUAUGUUAAUGUAAAAUAAAGUAAUAGCUAUAAAUUACAGUUUAAGAUUAUUUUGAUAAAGGGAUAAGCUACAGAGAAAUUGCAUAUAUUUAUAUAAAUAAACUGUUUAAUUUCCUUGUCUGUUGAAAUUAAAGGAAUGAUCUUAAAUUGUUUAUUUUGCUACAGUUUUAUUUGUUUAUUUGUUAUAUAGUGAUGCUUUAUUUUGGUUUGAAAAAAGUGUGCUUGACUGUUUCACAGGAGUGAGAAAAUACUUUUUUUAAAUAAGUAAAGUUUUAAAAUGUGAGUUUAAGCUUUGUUGUCUGGAUCCUUCUUCAUUUUGGUGUUUCAAAUAUGAUUCGCUGAUCUGUAAAAUUCUUUUGUGUAAAGGUUGUGAAUGGUUUUGCAGCUUUGAAAAUGUGGCUGUUAAGAAGAACUGGGGAAAAUGCCCUCUAGUACAAGAUGUUUUGUUUUAGUAAUGCUGUGCAUGAAACAGAAACCAUUUGUAUUUUAUUUUAUCAAAGGGAGCUUGUAACUUAAUUUGUUUUUAUGUUACAUAUAAUGGCAUGAAUUAAGAGCAGGCAGUAGUUCCUAAUGUAAAUUACUGAAUCACUUUUCUGGAGAUGAGCCACUUAUUAAAACAGCACUGUUUGAAUAAUAAAUACCAUUUAGGUUAGGGUUGUUUGAGUUCAGAACAAAAUACCCAGCCAUGUGACUGAAGCCAACACUCUGGCUUCUCUCAAUAAAAAGUUGGAUGAGAAGAAUG